AUGUUCGCACAGCUCAAGCGCGAGAGCCUGCGCAAGCUGCAGGCAAUGGAGGAUAAGAGUCCAAAGGGUUGCAUCGACGAACCAAUUUUGGAUAUGAUCAAAAUUAUCAAUGCACAUCCGGAUUACGUGACAAGUAGCUCGUGCUCAGGUCGUAUUGCAGUCUUUUGUGGUGAAGCUGCUACUACUACAGAUAGUGAAACAAAUUCAAACUUGAUUACGAAAGGAGGCAAGUGGCUUCUUGCUGAGCAUGCCACCAUCACGUUCGAUCAAUUAGUAGCAGGGUUGCAUUCGCUUGACGGUAACUCUGGUAAUAAAAUGAUUAUAUUCAAGCACGAGCCGUUCAUUAUGCACGUGGUUUGCCGUGAGCUUGACUCUGCAAAAAAGUUAUUGCAAUGGGGUAUUGCGUGUGGAUUUCGAGAGUCGGGCAUCGUGCUAGGAAAUCGGAAGAUCAUGUGUGCAAUUCGUACAGCGGCAAAUGGAUUGGAAAUCCCCCUUGGAAGGAGUGCAGAACGUUUGCUCGUUAAUGAAGAGUAUCUUCGGUGGAUUGUAAAUAUUGCUAACGAGAAGUUCGAGGCAAACAAACUAAAAACAGAUAGACUUCUGACGUCUUUUCGUGCUCAGUUCUGCCAUCCAUCUACAAAUUCGUAUGGUGUUGACCGAUCUGUAGUAAAACUGAGCUUCUGGAAGGAACUAUCAAGCGAAGUCAGAGUGAAACUGGUGGGACAUUCUAGUGUGCAAUACAAAAAUACCAUUGUUGUAUUCGGAGGUCAUGGAUCAACUGUGUCUGGGACGACAACUCGCGUCGCUGAUGUAGUUUACCUUUGCGUCGCUGAAGAUGGCUCCCUUCAGCAAACAUAUCAUUCGACAACAAGAGAAGAUGGUCCAUUGCCUCGGAUCUAUCAUACUGCUGUUGUGGUGGGAACGCGAAUGAUUGUAUUCGGAGGUCGAGCUAGUCCCGCUAAACCCUUUGGUGAUCUCUUUGUUUUGGAUCUUGAGACAAAAAUCUGGGAAAAGAUUGCUCCUCACGGAGUUGGGCCCGCUCCGCGCUGGAAACAUUGCAGCUGUGCGGUGGGUUCUACUGUGUACAUUUAUGGUGGUCGCGAUACCAAGCAAGUCUUCAACGACCUUUUUGCUUUGGAUAUUGGGAAUCCCACGCAGUGGCGUCAAAUUGAGACCUCAUUUGAUACUCCCAGACGAUUUGAUCAUAUUGGUGCAGUUGUCAACUCAACAAAGCUUCUGUUCUGGGGAGGAAUGUCUUCGCUGGAAGACGGAGAUUGCAGUGGCGAAAGAGAUAGCAGCGCGUGCUUAAUAUUUGAUAUCAUCAAGGAGACAUGGGAUUCUGUUAAGCUCGAAAAUACCUUGAACAAAAGUCAUCCACCUGCACUUUUUGCUGCAAGCGCAUCGUCGAUUAGCAAUCACCAGGUUGUAGUUGUAGGCGGUAUAACGUCUGAAUUGCUGGCAAGUGGAGAUAAGGCGACCCAAAAGGUAUAUCUGCUAGACAUUGAAGCAUCGCAAUGGUCCGAACUUGGCGAAGUGAAGCAUACAGAUGCAGCUUUUGUAGGACACAGCACGGUUUAUAUCGACACAAACAACUCGAUUUACAUUUUAGGCGGUGGGUUCCAGUGCUUUGGCUUUGGACAGUUUUAUUCGUCGACAUACUUGUGCAAUCUGUCGAUAGUGCAGAGCAAUUCGAUUGUUCCUAGCAAGAAUCAGGUUGUCAACACGUCUGAUACAAGUGUGUCAGCCUCCUCAAUUUCCAAGUCUCUUGGUGUUCUUGUUGACAAACUGGAAGUAAAAAAAGUCAAGACUUUGCUUGAAAAGCUGCAUGUGUACGACAAGUCGCGACGCAUCCACGUUGCUCAGGGUACACAACCAAACAAAAAUUCGAAUCGUCGAACGAUGUUUUUGCUUCCUGUGGUAUCAACUAUUCGUGACGUUAUAGCCUCAACGAUUGAUACUGAAUUGUUGAAGCUGCAAAUUGUUGGUGACGAUGAUGCUUACGCAAACAAGUUCGGCAAGACAAGUGGAUACAAUCGGAACGAAAUGAUCCGCAGCACCAUCACUGCUUUUGCUUGUAAUAAUGGUAUUUCGUCUGAGUUAAUGAAUGCUAUACCGAAAAAGUUCGAGUUUGUUGGUGACGUUUUGUUGAUUCCGCGUGACUCAUUCCUGGAACCGGAGUGGAUGUCAUUUGCGGACAAAAUGUGGGCACACGUCUGUGCUUCCACUACCCCUGCGUUUACUCGUGUUGCACGAAAGGCCUUUAUCGAUGCCAGUGAGAAGCGCCAAAGUCACGUAAAACUUCUCUAUGUAAAUGAUACAGCUCUAGUCUCAGAGCGGAGCAAGAAAGCUCCGGGAUGGGUAGAAAUUCGAGAAAAUGGGAUCAUUUACGGAUGGGAUCUCACCAAAGUAAUGUUUUCGUCGGGCAAUGUGACUGAGAAGGCCCGUAUGGCAAACAUUGGAUGUCGCGGUGAGACAAUAGUUGAUCUUUUUUGCGGCAUUGGGUACUAUGUCCUUCCUUUUCUCGUGCAUGGUGGUGCUGCGUUUGUACACGCAUGUGAAUGGAAUCCAGACUCGGUAGCUGCACUGCGUUUUAACCUGGAGCGCAAUCAUGUGGCAGACAGAUGUAAAAUUUACUUAGGAGACAAUCGCGAGUCAGCUCCUACGAUUGGUGCUAUCGCAGAUCGUGUAAAUUUGGGUCUCUUACCUACAAGCAAGAAGGCGUGGCCUUUGGCUAUUCAGGUUCUGAAACCUUCUGGUGGCUGGCUCCACGUACAUGACAACGUGGCUGUGGAGGAUCGUGAAACGUGGAAGCAGCAUGUGUUAGACUCGAUACAGGCGCUUGCUAAGUCUUAUGGACAUCACUGGUCCAUCACGUGUGAGCAUGUAGAGAGGAUCGUAGACAAAGUGUACAUGAAACUCAAUAUUAUAGACUAG